AUGAAAGAGGAUUCAAUCAAUUCUUUACCUUCGGCCGAUGAUGAAGACAUAUCAUCGACAAAGACGACGGACACAAUUUCUGUCCGUUCCAUCGGAAUAGACGACUGGGCAGUUGAAUGUUUUAAUCUGCAUGAACUCAUUUCCCAUAGGCUACCUAGGGUGGUGAGACUUGCCGAAGAAAAACCUGGCUUAGUGCCUAAGAAACUCGAACCAUAUCUAAAUUGCCCUCUCUUGUUACAUUCGGCUUCUCGGAAAACUGUGGUGAAAUGUCGAGUGUUAAAGAAAAAAGAUGGUGGAAAAUAUACGAAUGUUGGUCCGAUAUUGAUUAUACCAGAAAAUUAUGACGGUUUCUUUGGUGUCAUUCCUGAGUCUGGCCGAAUCCCCAAUUAUUGUUCCAUUUCGGAUAUCGCCUCUGUUAUGCCGAAGCGCUUUUUCACUUGUACCAAAAUGAUUGCAAUGGGUAUUGUGACCUCCGACAAUAAAACAGAGAAAUAUGUCCAGAGAGCCGUACCAGAAGCAUCUGUGCUGAAGGUGGAUGGUGUUUUCAGCGCAAAGUGGAAGACACAAGCAGAAACUGGAAUAUUCAAAAAGUCCCAAAUGACUUACACAACACCUGAUAUACAUAACCUAAGACGGACUCUUUUCAAGGAAUCUACCCCCGCCAAUCUCCUCCCCUCACUCUCUUGA